AUGUGGAUUGAGUGGCACAGGUAUCACACUCCAUUUGAAGAAACCUCUGAGGCAAUAGCAAAAGUAACACGUCAGUUCUAUGGAGCCAAGGCCAUAGGCAUUCGAAUCAUCCUAUCUGUCAAACAGGAGGUGAGCGUGAAUUUGAAGGAGGCAAUGUCAGUGGAGGAGUUCUUGGCAAGUGCUUGCCUGAAGAAGGGGCUGUCACCCCAAGAACACUUCGUUCGGAUCAAGAAGAGGCGGGAUAUGGACGACAACAACUCCUUCAUUCCCCACAGAUCCGAUCUCAUCGACAGCUACCUGGCGACACACGAAGUUGUGGAGAUCUGUGCCAAGAUCAUAUACCAAGUGGAUCUGAGCAGAAACAGUUUGACCCAAAUGUGGGGCUUCAGCGUCGAAGCAGAACUGGUGGAAAACUCCGAAAAACAAGACGAACUCUGCUGUUACAUCAGUCGAGCUGAGGAGGGCUCACUAGCAAUGUCCAACGGUCUGAUGAAAGGUGACGAGAUCUUGGUGAUCAACGGAGCAGUAGUCGGGGACCUCGAUAUGAUGUACCUGGAAGCCCUGUUGCAAGAAGAGAGGACUUUGAGUCUCGUCAUUCGGUCUGCAAGGAGAGGCCCACCGAACAACGGACGGUUGCGAUCCAGUGACUACAUCAUGAGUUUGGUGUGUCCUCCUCCUCCAUCUGAACCGCCGACUCUCAGUGAGGAGGCCAUCUGUGGCCUCAUCGUACCAGCGCCUACAGAGAAAAGCAACGAAUUGACGGGCAUCGGGUGUCCUCCUCCUCCUGUCGAUGGUCGCCGAUUGACGCAGCGAUCGUCAUCCCUCGAAAUCGAAAAUCUCCUCAAGAAUACGUGGAUUGUUGAACGGCAGAGUGCGGAGCAGGUGACAGGAAUCUGCCGGAAAGAUGAAGGGCUGGAGGGUGGGUCAUCGUUGCUGGUCGGCGGUGACCUGUCGCCUACGACCAGCCUCGCCUCUUCCUCCUUCUCACAUUCCCUCACACCCCAGCGACAGCUCAGCGACGCCGUCCGCCUUCGCAAGGUCAUACUUGAACUCCUCGAGACCGAGAAGACCUACGUCUCUCAUUUGAACAGCCUCCUGGAGAACUACUUGGAACCGCUAAAAAGGGAGACAUUCCUGAGUGCAACUGAAAUCACGGGGUUAUUCGGGAAUAUCUUGGAGAUCGUGAUGUUCCAGAGACUUUUCGCUAGGGGCAUGGAAGAGGCCAUCCAUGUUGAUGGCGACAUUUUCGCCUUCGACCAACCUCCCCAAUUCAAGAAUGUUCUGUUUGCUCUGGGGAACGCUUUCCUCUUCCAUUCUAAGAACUUCAAGCUUUACAGCUCCUUCUGUGCUAGUCAUUCCAAGGCGCAGAAGAUCCUUCAUCCACAUGAGGGGAACCAGGCCCUGCAGCGGUUCCUGAGGUUGAGAAACCCUCGAGGUCAACAUUCCAUGAGUUUGGAGUCGUAUUUGAUCAAGCCAAUUCAGCGAAUCCUCCAAUAUCCCUUACUCCUCACUCAGCUGCAGCAACUAACUCCGGUCGGCAGCGAGGAGCAUCAGCACCUCGGAGAGGCCUUGCGAGAAAUGGAGGGUGUGGCGGAGCACAUCAACGAGAUGCAAAGAAUCCAUGAGGAAUACGGAGCGAUCUUCGAUCAUCUAUGCAGGCAGCAUCUCAAGAACUACAAACAGGAAAUGGACUUAAGUCCAGGGGAGCUCCUCUACUACGGUGGGGUGGAAUGGCUCAAUAUUGGAGAAUUUCUGGGACGUGGCAAGAAGGGACUGGAGUUCCAUUCCAUGUGCUUUGUCUUCUGCACUGCGGUCGUCUUCCUGUGCAAGGAACGCCUCCGCCAAAAAAAGAAACUCAUGGGUCCUCCAAGUCGGAUGCCAGGAGGUGUGAACAGUGAGGUAGAGGUGAUUCGGUACCAGGUGCUCAUCCCGGUGAAUCAGGUGCAGGUCAGGUGCCCGAACGUGAAGGAGGUCGAAGCUCGGUUCUACUGGGAACUUAUCCACCUCAGAGGUGGAGGGAACUCCUCCCAGCCGAACAACGUUCAGAGGAGAAACGAGAAGGCCUAUCACCUUUGCAACAGUACGAGCGAGUUUCGGAAUGCCUUCAUCAAGACAAUCAGGCAGAUCAUCCGAGAGAGCGUGAGAAACAUGAGCAUCCCCUCCAACAAGGCGGAAUUGAUCCGGGGGAGCAAGGAGCACCGAGACGCUAUGCUGAGCCGUACCCUGAGCACACGGGCAUCUUCGACCUCAGGGGAACGGAGAGAGAAGAGUCACAGCAAUGGGGAGAGACGGGAUUCCCGCGGAUCCCAGACUCGGUCUCAGACCCUGAGCACCCGAGGAUCCAGGGAGUCACCCAACUUUCGAGCUCGAAGCAUGACGGAGGGCACAGCAGGUAGAAAGCCCGACUUCAAGGAGCACAGUGAUAAGAAAAUCAAGGAUGUAGAGUUGACCUUGGAGCCGACGUCGUCGCUGGACUACUCGGAGGGGGAAGGAUCUGGGGAGAAGCCGGCAUUAGGGAAGACUCCUAAGCAUCUGAGUUUGAGCAGCACUUCGACUUUGAGUAUAUCAUCCAGUGCGGGCCUGGGACAGGCCAAACUCAUUCACAGCAGUGGGACUCCCGGAAACCAGAACAACGAGGGAUCCUCUAAACCUAUGGGUAAGGAAAGAGACAGAGCUGAGGGAGUGCGACAUCAGUGCCCAGUAGGCCAGGCGGCUCCAGAUCUGGGUGGGCAACCGAGCUUUUCUAUGCUGUCCUCCACCGCUGGUUCCCCAGUGUGGAAGCCACGAGACCCGACCGUAGAAGCAUUCCCUCUACCUCCAGGGAAGGACUCAUGAUCUCCCCUGUUUGAUUUUAUAUAUACUGGUACGUCUCGGAAUGUAUCCCGUCACGAGGACUCUUUACAAUAUCAUUGCAGAGUAUUAUAUAUUUGGAUUCUUGGAAGUUGUUGGGAAAAAGUGAGAAAGGGUGACGUCUCAGUAUCAGGAGGUUUCGUUGAAUUCUUUGAUUCCCCCUUCUUUUGGCAGUUUUCAAUGUGCCAAUGCUCAAGUUCAUGAAUUCAAUCUGUCGGGAGUUUCUUCCCCCUUUCUCACUAUCCUUUUUUUCAAUAGAAGCACUAGAGAGCUUGUUGAAUGACAUCGUCAGAAAGGUAAUAAAGACCGAAGUCUUUCUUAUA